GGGCACUUUCUGCUGCUGUCACCCUCUCCUUUUGAUCACAUGACCUGGUUCUUAAAAGAACAGAUCACAAAGGGUUAUAGUUUUUCAUGUUCACAUGGAUUUUUAUGAGCGCGACGGGACAGUUGUGGCAGCCACCUGCUGUUCUCUACCGGCUGUCUUGACAGAUAUAAUUGUUUAUAAUUUGUAAUGGCACAAUGACGUGUUUCAUCCAAAAGGAUACAGUUGGAUUCAUCAAACAGAGCAGUGAGAUGGCUGCUGAUGACAAAUCGUUCUCCUCGUCCUCCACCCUGGACUGGGUGCCAGAGCCUCCGCCCUCCCCCGUGCCCACCAGCCCGUCCCACCUCACCCACUUCAAGCCCCUCAGCCCCGAGACGGAGGAGCCGCCACUGCGCUCGGCCUACAGCUCCUUUGUCAGCCUCUUCCGCUUCAGCAAGGAGGAUGGGAGGUCAUCUGCAGCGUCGGAGAAGUCUGGUUCAGCGAGCCCAUCUCCGCAGGGGGAGCGGCGGAAGUGGACGAGCCCCACACACUCCCCCCACAGCGGCUCCAUUGGAUCCCUCCGAAAACCGCACCCCGAACUGCUGCGACGCCCCUCCAGCGCCUCAGAAGGACGACGUAAAUCAGAAGCUACCUUGGGCACCCAUGAUCCACGCACGGCCGUGCAGCUCCGCACAGCACUCAAGAGACUGAAAGAGAUCAUGGAGGGAAAGAGCCAGGACAGUGACCUGAAGCAGUACUGGAUGCCGGACAGCCAGUGCAAGGAGUGCUACGACUGCAACGAGAAGUUCACCACGUUCCGGCGCCGCCACCACUGCCGCCUGUGCGGACAGAUCUUCUGCAGCCGCUGCUGCAACCAGGAAAUCCCCGGCAAGUUCAUGGGAUACACGGGUGACCUGCGUGCUUGCACGUACUGCCGUAAGAUCGCCCUGAGCUACGCCCACUCGGCUGACUCGGGCUCCAUCGGUGAGGACCUGAGCGCGCUGUCAGACUCGCCCUGCUCCGUGUGCGUGCUGGAGCCCAGCGAGCCGCGCACGCCCGUGGGGGGCCGCAAGGCCAGCAGGAACAUCUUCCUGGAGGAGGACACCACCUGGCAGAGAAAAACUCCCAUUGGAAUGAGAAAGAAUCUCAUCCAUCAGGAAUCCCAGGGUAGUGGACUGAACUCAAGGCUGAAUGCAGUGCAAGAGGAUGCCGGCAAGUCUCCAGCCAGGAAGAGGUCUGCCAGUGUGACCAACCUGUCUCUGGACCACUCGGGGUCCUCCAGGGUGCCCUCCUACGACAGCUCGGUGAGCCCCCAGGCCAGCCGUGCAGCGCCCAAACCAGACCACAGUGAAGAGGAGAGGAAGAUACUCCUGAGUAGGGCAGGCCUAAAAAAAAAGUGGGUUGACCAGAAAGCGGAAUGGAGGAGAAGGAUAAUGAGGGAUUCUUCUCAGCUGAAAGAUCUGUGGAAGAAGAUUUGCCACAACAGUACGGGCAUGGAGUUUCAGGACCACCGCUAUUGGCUACGCACCUACCCCAACUGCAUCGUGGGAAAAGAACUGGUCAACUGGCUCUUGAGGAAUGGCACAGUUUCGAGCAGAGCCCAGGCCAUAGCUAUUGGACAAGCGUUAGUGGAUGGCCGAUGGUUGGACUGCGUGACCCAUCAUGAUCAAAUCUUCCGUGACGAGUAUGCUCUCUACCGACCCCUACAGAACACCGAGUUCUCAGAGACGCCAUCGCCUGACAGCGACAGCGUGAACUCCCUGGAGGGUCACUCGGAGCCCUCCUGGUUUAAGGACAUCAAGUUUGACGACAGCGACACGGAGCAGCUGGCCGACGAGAACGAGUACGCCAUGCCCAGUUCCUCAAGCCCCAGUAAGAGAACGUCGGUGAGCAGUUUUCAGUCGGCCGUGGACAGCGACUCCGCGGCCUCCAUCAAUCUCAACAUGGAGCAGGACAAUGUCAACUUCCACAUCAAGAAGCCCGCCAAGUAUCCCCAUGUGCCCCCACCCGCCAACGAGAAAACUGAGGUCCUGUUGUCCGAGGAUGGCGGUCAGAACAUUUCCAUCAGCGAUGCCUUCAUCAAAGAGUCCUUAUUCAACCGUCGAGUGGAGGAGAAGGCCAAAGAGAUGCUCUUCACUCCACUGGGCUGGCACCACAGCUCCCUGGACCAGCUGAGGGAGGAGAACGGAGAGAAGAAGGCCAUGGAAAGACUGCUCUCUGCCAACCACAGCCACAUGAUGGCGCUCUUGCAGCAGCUGCUCUACAGUGAGUCCCUCUCGCUGUCCUGGAGGGACAUCAUCGUACCAGUGGUGCGUCAGGUGGUGCAGACGGUGCGGCCCGACGUGCGCUCCUGCGACGACGACAUGGACAUACGCCAGCUGGUCCACAUCAAAAAGGUUUCAGGUGGGAAGAAGUUUGACUCGACUGUUGUGAAUGGCUUUGUUUGCACAAAGAACAUUGCACACAAAAAGAUGAACUCCUACAUCAAAAACCCCAAGAUCUUACUGCUGAAGUGCUCCAUUGAGUACCUGUACAGAGAGGAGACCAAGUUCACCAGCAUUGAUCCAAUCGUGCUGCAAGAGCGUGAGUUCUUGAAGAACUAUGUGCAGCGCAUCGCUGACGUGCGGCCCAACCUGGUGCUAGUGGAGAAGACCGUGUCUCGCAUCGCCCAGGACAUGCUGCUGGAGCACGGCAUCACACUCGUCAUCAACGUCAAACCUCAAGUGUUGGACCGCGUGAGCCGCAUGACGCAGGGAGACCUGGUGAUGUCCAUGGACCAGCUGCUCACCAAGCCUCGCCUCGGCACCUGCCUCAAGUUCUACCUGCACUCCUUCCAGCUCUCAAACAGCGAGCAUAAGUCGCUGAUGUUCUUCGAGGGCUGCCCGCCGCAGCUGGGCUGCACCAUCAAGCUGCGCGGCGCCUCAGACUACGAGCUGGCCCGCGUCAAGGACAUCAUCCGGCUGAUGAUCUGCGUGGCGUACCACUCGCAGCUGGAGAUCUCCUUCCUCAUGGACGAGUUCGCCAUGCCCCCCAGCGUGGCCAAGAGCACCUCCUUCCCCUGUUUACUGGAGAGCACUACAGGAGAGGAAGAGGAGGAGGAGGAGGAGGGAGGGGAGGCAAAGGAGGAGGAAAGAGGAGGUGAGGCGCUGGAGGGAGAGAGGGAUGAGAAGAUGGCGGAGGAUGACGGUGAGGGGACGCCGGUGCAGAGGGAGGGCUCGGUGGACCUCUCCCAGGGUACGGACAGCGGGGGCACCCUCUCCAGAGUCCAAUCUCUGUCCGAGUCGUCCAAUAAGGACCAGGAGAGCCCCAGAGCCGUGGAGGGCGGUGGCGGUAACGGGGGCCACCAUGAGUCCUUUUCCUCCGUGUCUGACGCCGACUCCGGCUGCAAGACCUCCACGCCGGUCUCCUUCUGCUCCGCCAUCCCCGUCGCCGUGCCUCCUCCCUUCCUCAUCGCCGACCUGGAGGAUCUGGCGGACGAGGAGGCGCUGGCGGUGGCCCAGGCCCAGGCAGCAGCGCAGGCCAGCAUGGCGGACCAUGACGUCAGCAGCGGGCCGCACGACGGGACGCUGGUCCAGCACAUGGUGGAAGGUGGGCCGGACAGCAGUGGAUCUGUCUGUGGGUCCACCUCCGACUCAUCCCCGGCGCCCACCACCACGCGUGUCUUCCGCGACCCGCUCCAGGACGACACGGCACUCUUCGUCACCGAGCAGGUGACCUCGUCAGACGACCGGCUCAAGUCCAUCUCGGGCUGCUUCCGGCAGGAGCUGAAGGACAUCAUCCUGUGCAUCUCGCCGUUCGUCAGCUUCCGCGAGCCCUUCCUGUUGACAGCGCCUGGCCUGCGCUGCCCGAGCCGCGACUACUUCCCCGAGCACGUCUACCUCUCGCCGCUCCUCAACAAGGACUUCAAGGAGCUGGACGGACGCCGCAAGAGGCAGCUGUUGAAGGAGUCCGGAGGCGGCGCAGGGCCCGGGGCGGGCGGUACGGGAGCCUCCGGCGUGUCCCUGGCUAACGGAGUAGGCGUUGGAGGAGCAGGUGGUGGUGGGGGUGUGGUUGGCUUAGGAGGAGGCGUUGGUGGCGUCGUAGGAGGAGGGGGGAGGCCCAUACAGGUGUUGCCUUUGCACCCGCUCGCCAGCACACGCAUCGCAGAGCAGCUGAACGCCAGCCAGGAGCUGGCGCGCAUGCUGGCGGACUAUAGGGCGCAGGGGGGUCGCAUUAGGCAGAGGGAGGACCCCUUCUCCAACCUGCACCACGGCAGCAGGGAAGGCCAGGGCGGCGGAGGCAGCGGCGGGAGCAGCAGGGCGCCCGUCAAGGCAGACAGCGAGGAGGAGAAGUCGUCAUCAGGGCAGGCCGACAUCACCUGGGCUACAAAGGGGCUUUUAUGCCUUUAUUUGACAGGACAGUCGAAGAUGGUGGCAGGAAGCGAAUGGGGCAGAGAGACAGGGGAGGACCGGGAAAUGACCCCGGCCGGACUCAAACCGGGGUCCCCAUGGCUGGACUGCCUGAACCCCAGCAACCAUCAGCGCCUGUGUGUACUAUUCAGCAGCUCCUCAGCACAGUCCAACAACGCCCCCAACCCCUGCGUCAGCCCAUGGAUUGUGACAAUGGAGUUCUAUGGGAAGAAUGAUUUGACACUUGGUGUCUUUUUGGAAAGAUACUGCUUCAGGCCCUCUUACCAGUGCCCCAGCAUGUUCUGUGAAACGCCCAUGGUGCACCACAUCCGGAGGUUCGUGCAUGGCAACGGGUGUGUCCAGAUCGUGCUGAAAGAGCUGGACUCACCUGUGCCAGGAUACCAGCACACCAUUCUCAACUACUCCUGGUGCCGCAUCUGCAAACAGGUCACCCCUGUGGUGCCCCUGUCCAAUGACUCCUGGUCCAUGUCUUUUGCCAAAUACCUGGAGCUGCGUUUCUACGGCCACCAGUAUACACGGCGUGCCAACGCGGAGCCUUGUGGCCACUCCAUCCAUAAGGACUACCACCAGUACUUCUCCUACAACCAGAUGGUUGCCUCCUUCAGCUACAUCCCAGUGCGUCUCCUGGAGAUUUGUCUGCCUCCUCCCAAGAUCAUCAUCAGGAACCAGGGGCCUGCCAAACCCUGCAUGCAGCAGGACCUCAAGGACUUCCUUCAGAAGGUAUCGCAAGUGUACCUAGCCAUAGAUGACCGUCUCACCUCUCUGAAGACUGACACCUUCAGCAAGACUCGAGAGGAGAAGAUGGAGGAUCUGUUUGCACAGAAAGACAUGGAGGAGGCAGAGCUGCGUGGCUGGAUUGAGAAGCUACAGGCUCGUCUGCAGGCCACGGCUCUGGAGUCUCCCCAGCAGCUGCAGGUCGUGCUGGAGUCCGUGGUGGUCAAGAAGCAGAGCCUCUGUGAGACCCUACAGUCCUGGAACAGCCGACUACAGGACCUCUUUCAGCAGGAGAAGGGGAGGAAGCGCCUGUCUGUCCCACCCAGCCCUGGACGACACCGGACCACCCAGACCACAGACGACAGCAAGACAAGUGCCCUGGAGUCGUCACCUCGUAACCCCUCCCCCAUGGUGCAGAAUGGAGAGAAAGAGGAUCGCCACCUCAGCACCCUCCCCUCUAGCUCUGGCUCCGCCUCCCUGCAGCUGCCGUCGCCGGGGGAUACGGGGGCCUCUGACACCAUCACCUCUGGACCCUCCUUUAUGGACCAGGACUCAGUCAGCCUCCCUGAAGAUGUGUUUGACGGACAUCUCUUGGGCUCCAAUGACAGCCAGGUUAAGGAGAAGUCCACCAUGAAAACCAUUCUAGCCCAACUGUUACCUGGCAACAGUUACAACCCCAUUCCAUUCCCAUUUGACCCGGAUAAGCACUAUCUGAUGUAUGAGCAUGAGCGAGUCCCCAUCGCUGUGUGUGAGAGGGAGCCCAGCUCCAUCAUUGCCUUCGCUCUCAGUUGUAAGGAGUACAAGACGGCCCUUGAUGAGCUUUCCAAAACCACUGCAAAGCCAAGCACCGAGGACACCACGCAAACCAGCAGUGCUGGAGAGAGUCGCGCCAAAAGCAGCCCGGCGAAGCCCAACGAGUCCAUCAGCUCCCAGCUCCGCAUCAGCAGCACCGUGGAUGCCGACCCCCUCAAGGAGACAGAUGGGGGAGAUAAGCAGAAGAAGCAAGCGGGGAAUCCCCACAUAGAACUCCAGUUCUCGGACGCCAACGCCAAGUUCUACUGCCGGAUCUACUACGCGGAGGAGUUCCAUAAGAUGCGUGAUGUCAUCAUGGAGAGUACGGAGGAGGACUUUGUGCGCUCGCUGUCGCACUGCGUCAACUGGCAGGCGCGAGGCGGGAAGUCGGGUGCAGUCUUCUACGCCACUGAAGACGACCGCUUCAUCCUGAAGCAGAUGCCCAGGCUGGAGGUGCAGUCCUUCCUGGACUUCGCCCCGCACUACUUCACCUACAUCACGGGCGCUGUGCAGCAGAAGCGGCCGACGGCCCUGGCCAAGAUCCUGGGCGUGUACCGCAUCGGCUACAAGAACUCGCAGAACAACACGGAGAAGAAGCUGGACCUCCUGGUGAUGGAGAACCUCUUCUACGGCCGCAAGAUGGCGCAGGUCUUCGACCUGAAGGGCUCGCUACGCAACCGCAACGUCAAGACGGAGCAGGGCAAGGAGAGCUGCGAGGUGGUGCUGCUGGACGAGAACCUGUUGAAGCUGGUGCACGACAACCCGCUGUACAUCCGCUCACACUGUAAGGCCAUCCUGCGUGCCGCCAUCCACAGUGACGCCUACUUCCUGUCCAGCCACCUCAUUAUUGACUACUCGCUGCUCGUGGGCCGCGACGACGCCACCGACCAGCUGGUGGUGGGCAUUAUAGAUUACAUACGCACUUUCACUUGGGACAAGAAGCUGGAAAUGGUGAUCAAAUCCACAGGGGUCCUUGGUGGCCAAGGCAAGAUGCCCACUGUGGUGUCCCCGGAGCUGUACCGCGCCCGCUUCUGUGAGGCCAUGGACAAGUACUUCCUCAUGGUCCCAGACCACUGGACUGGGCUCGGGGUCAACUGCUGAACACCUGCAGAGACUGAGAGGGGAGGGGGGCUGAAGGAUGGUGUAUGGAGCGGUGGGGGUGUCCCCUACUCCCACAUCUCCCUUCUUCUCUGGGUGGAACUUAAGACAGUAGCUCUACCCUAGAGCUCACUCCAUUAGUCUGAGGUUCUAUCAAGUCUGGGGGGUUAAGUGUAAGUGUGCUGUCCCUUACCUCCCCCUUCUUCCUGGGUUGACCUGAGGACCUGCUCAAGAGCUCACUGUACGGUUCCCUCAAGUGUAGGGGGGCAGUGUUGAGUACGUUUUCCCCAUCCUCUCCCUUCUUCCCUGGGUGGAUGUGGAGCCAGGAGCAGCUGCUCAGGAGCUCACUGGAUUAAUCCCACCUCAGGAAAUGCCCCCCCCCCCCCCCCCCUUAUUAGCACGCUGCUCGGGGCACAUCCAAGCCCUCCACCUCCACCUCAACCUCUCCUGGUGUACAGCUCACUACUGCCAGUGCCUCAGCCACACAUACACACAGAGACAGCUGUGCCAUCCAAAGCACCUUGGACUGAAUGUGACUGUCUUGGUGGAUGAAUGGGUGGACUAUGCACAGACACACUUACACACUCUCUCAGUCAGUACACAAGUGUUUGUGGGGUCGUUGAAGAUUUCCUUGUCAAUUGGUGUUGUACAUUUCUGUCCCUUUGUGCCAUGACAAAGAGGUUUUGUUUGGCUUUCUAGAAGAGACCCCUCACAAUUUGCACUGAAGAUGGCCGUUGAGCCACUAGGCUUUAGAAUUGUGUUUUAAACUAAAAAAAAACGCUGUACGUUUUGUCAUAUAUGUAAAGAGAUUAUGUAAUUAAAUAUUAACAAAACUUUGAUGUAAA